AUGUCUGAGCACCAGAAUAGUCCAGAUUAUGCUGCUACAAGAUCACAGAGUCCAAGUGUUAAUUCUCAGGCAUAUGCCAUACCAAUAUCGGAAGAUAUAGCGAGCCAAUUGACUGAUGAAAGCAGUUUGGAGGGCUCGGAUAAUUCAGAAGCAGAAGAGAGUAGCGGGGAUUUGUUUUUGGACAGUAUGGUACAAGAAUCGAGCAAUGGAUUAUUCACAGAUUCUCAGGAUCCUGGACCCAUGUUGGAUGUCUCGAAGUAUAUAUUUGAGUCCUUAGUGCAAGCCAUCGAAUCUGCUAAUUUUGCAGAAGCCAUCUCUCUUCAGACAAAGACUUCCGCUGUUAUCAACUCGGAAAGUACUAGAUUAAAACAGUUGAUUGAAACUACUAAAGAGCAACUGGCCAGUUUCAAAGAUCGAUUUGAGCGUGGAGCAGAGACUUCAAAACUAAUACGACAAAACCUGCAGUACUCCAAGGACAAGAUCGAUCGCUUGAAUGCUGAACUUGGAAUAGCACACCCAAUUGAGUUCAACCAGGCGAAAGAGAAGGUUCUGGAGCGUCAGUUUGAUUGUGAGCCCGAUGGUUCAACAAAGUCAUAA